UGCGCAUAUUGUGGGAUAUUUGAGUCAAGGUCGUUAUCAGGUCUGCACUACCUGUAAGAUUCUAUGACGGACUUCAUUGAGGCAGUGUCUAAUCCACUGGCCCCCGAUGCAUUCGUGGGGCAUGGAGAACAACUUCCUAAUCACAAACUUUCUAACAGCGAUUUCCGCAAAUUGUUAAUGACACCUAAACCGUCAACACAACCAUCAAAAACAGAUGAAACAAAUGAAAGUGGUACACGUGGUUUCGCUCAUCCAUCUGAUCGUUCUGAUCGUAAACGUCAAGAUUCUAGUCAGUCUUCACAUCGUAGUAAACAUAAAGUUGGUCAUAAACGUCAUCAUGUACGCAGUAAAAAAGAUGGUCAGAAACCUGAAACAUCUGAAUCGGUGCAUCGUUAUCGUGAUCGAGCAAAAGAACGACGUGAUGGAAAACUUGUGGUGCCAACAGAAGAAGUAGAAGAUGAACGUGAGCUGGAAAACGAUGAUGAUACAUUAACACGUACAGCUGAUUAUCGUGCUGUCGCACCAUCAUCUGCCGCUGGAGCUUCACAUGCGGAACGUCGUCGAAUGAUUAUUCAAGAAUCUAAGUAUCUUGGUGGUGAUAUGGAGCAUACUCACUUGGUCAAAGGUCUCGAUUAUGUUCUGCUGCAAAAAGUUCGUUUAGAAAUUCAAAAUAAAGAAAUCGAAGCUGAACAAGCGUUGGAUGCUGAAUUAAAUAAACCAGAUAAAACGAAAGAAAGUACUGGGGAGGAAGGCAUUCAAUUUCGUACAAAUCUUGCAGCAAAUAUCUGUAAUGUUCUUUUCAAUGAACGUCUACCAGAGCGUAAUGAAUACUUUCAACCUGGUCGAAUGGCUUAUCGUAUUGAGCUGGAAGAUGAUUCAGUGGAUUUUGAAGUUCCAGCUACAGUAAUCCGUAGUAAAUCGGAUUGUUUACAAGUUGAUGGUCGUGCUGCCGGUGCAAUAACUACCAAUGAAAUUGUUAUCAAUAAACUUACUCAAAUUUUAUCCUAUUUACGAGCAGGUAAAAGACAUGCAAAGAGAGCGAAACUCAAAGGACGUGCUGGUGAAAGGCCUGAAUUGGAUUAUGAAGAUGUACGGCAUUCACAUAUAAUAAGUAAAAUGGCUAGUAAGUCCUCUCUUUUAUUGUAUUGA